UACAGGCACACAUACUUCACACACUAGGAACACACACCAUAGGCCAAUGAACUGGUUUUCUUGGCUCUCAAAAACAGGCCUAGAGCCAUCCCUUGUCUAUGAAUAUGGCCUAGCAUUCUCACACAAUGAGCUUGAAGAAGAUGACUUGGCUUACUUCAACCAUGAGUUCCUCCAAAGCAUGGGGAUUUCCAUAGCCAAACACAGGCUAGAAAUCCUCAAGCUUGCUAGGAGGGAAAAGGGUGUGAUCAUCCCACACCCCAUGUCCAGGAUUCUGAUUGCUAUCAAGCGGAGCAAGAGGCGUUUUUCAGAGUACUUAAGGAGAUGGAUCCGUUGUGAGGAAACAGCCCUCGCCCUCGUGCCGAGGCGUAGUUAUAGCGCAAGAUGGAAGGAUGCUAUGGUCAAGAGGAAUAAGAGGUUGUUAGUGGCCAAUAAGCAGAGUAGAGGAGCAUUAUUGCUCACAAAUGGGAGCCCCAUGUUGUUUUCUAGUUCAAGAAUUGACAGUUUUUCGAGUCCGAUGGUGCAUGAUCUUCAAAGGGAAUAUGGGAAAAUGGAUGGAGAUUAUGGUGAGUAUUGGCCUUGUGGAGUUGAAGAGAUGAGGUGGGAUACAAUGUUUCACAACUUGAAGCCAACUUGAAGGCAUAUUACAAGUCUUUUUAAGUGGUAAUCAUUUUCUCUUUAGAGAAAUUUUAGUCCAGAUCGAGUUCAGCCAAACUCAAAUUUAUUAUGUGAUUGACUUACAAUUUAAGACAAGUAACAAGAAUCCAUAUAGCGAUAUACUUGGUAGAAUGUGGUCAGACUUAGUUAUGACAAGAAUUUUGUGUCUUUGUUAUGUCUACUUAAAUGGUGAGAGAUUGUUUUAGGCUCUUCCACCAUCGGUCUUUGAGGUUUGUUUGUGUCAGAAAUUUACAUUUUCCUCUUGGGGUUGCUUUUGUUUUGUGUUUCCCUCUUCAUUAGUAGUGGCAUGGAAAGAGUAUGGUCCACUAUUUCAAAGUUAAUGUGUGGGAGUAAUGAAGUUGUCUUCCAUGCUUUUUUGGAUGCCCAUAACUUACUUUUGUACGAUAAAGGUCUUUCAUGCCUUCACUCCUAUUCUACUAUUUCUCUUGUGAUAUUUACUUCC